AUGUCACGUCUCCUGUCAAGCGUCGUGCGACGCGCCACGCGUCCUGCUGGCAUGACGCGGGGUGUCCAUACGUCGCGCGCUCUAUGGCGUCCAUGGCAUGAAGCUAAUAGUGCAGCGUCAAUUCAGUGUACUGCGUCUGGGACGGUCCGUCUCCGUCAAGGUGAUGCUACUUGGCACACCGAAAGAGAUGCGUGGCACGCAUACAGUGUGGCCAAGGCAGCCGCCAUGCUAGCUGCUAAGCGUGCACCAACGGAUGUGCCGAUGCAUCUACCUACGUCUUUGGACCACGUCGAAGUAUGGAUUGAACCACUCGAAUGGGUGGGAGAGAUGCCGUCAGAGAUACCAGAUACGCCGUCUCGUGACGAUGGCGGCUUUUCUGCCGAAAGUCUCAUGGAUCCUGAUGCAUGGAUGGCGCGUGAGCCUCAAGAAUGCGUUUCUGAAACAUUGAAGAUGCCGAAGCUUGGUGCGAUUCAGGUAGUCUGUCGCACAAACGCUCACGUUCCCACACACACGGAAGCCAUGGCUGGGUGUCUGUCCGGUUGUCUCUCAUUGUGUGAUGCAGUGCAUGCUCAUACGGGACAUUUUCCUACGAUUGAACACGUACAUACAGUCGCAUCGUGA